AUGUCGAAUUCAAUUCUAUCCGCUUCCGCGAAGGGAGCCACUUUUCUCAUCCUGCUGCAGGUUGCCUCGCGCGCCCUUACAUUCGCUGUCAACCAGGUUCUGCUGCGAUUUCUCUCACCGGAGCUGCUCGGCGUUUCAGCCCAGCUCGAGCUCUUCUCCAUAUCGGUGCUGUACUUUGCGCGAGAAAGCUUACGCGUGGCACUGCAGCGCCAGGCGCAUGGCACGCAGGCAGUAGUCAAUCUCUCCUAUCUCGCCGUUUUCCUGGGUACGCCGCUGGCGUAUGUACUUGCGUUGCUGUGGUUCCGGUCGGAGACGCCCAAUGUGCCGUUCUUUGCAGAAGCACUGUUUGUCUAUGGCUUGGCUACCUUUCUCGAGUUGCUUAGCGAGCCUGCGUUUUCAGCAGUCCAGCAGAAGCUUCUCUAUAAAGUUCGAGCGUCGGCUGAGAGUUCUGCUACCCUGUUGCGAUGCAUCGGCACUUGCGGAUCUGCGAUUCUAGCUAGCCGUGCCGGUCUCGAUAUCGGGGUUCUGCCGUUUGCUGUUGGGCAAUUGGCUUACGCCAUGGCGUUACUCGUUGUGUAUUCGUUCAAGACAUGGCCUGUUGCGAAGACGGAUGGGUUUUCGCUUUUCCCGGAGAGAAUACCUUCAACUAAAGAGAAUCCCGUCUUGAUAACCUAUUUUUCUGCUCCUCUACUUCGACUUACUGCAUCUCUUAGCCUUCAGUCAGCGCUCAAAUAUGUUCUUACUCAAGGCGAUUCUCUUUUGAUCACGACUCUUGCUUCGCUUGCAGACCAAGGCGCCUACGCACUCGCAUCAAACUAUGGAGGUCUCAUUGCACGCAUGCUCUUUCAGCCCAUUGAAGAGAGCAGUCGCAACAUGUUUGCAAAGCUGUGUGCCAAUGUAAAAUCAACGGCACCCACCGGGGAAAAGAAGAAGCCAGAGGAAACAAACGAACAACAACAGAACCUAGCUCAGGCUUCCAGAGUCCUUAGUACCAUCCUCCACCUCUAUGGCAUCAUAUCUUUAUUCGCCGUCACACUGGGCCCAGUCCUAGCUCCUACACUCCUUUCGAUUGUCGCGGGUCAGAAAUGGUCCGCAACAUCUGCAUCAAAGGUCCUUUCGACAUACUGCUACUACAUUCCCUUUCUCGCCAUCAACGGUGUGACUGAAGCAUUCGUAGCCGCCGUUGCUACUAACAAAGAGCUUUACGCACAGUCAGUUGCCAUGGGCAUCUUUUUCGCCCUUUUCGCGGGGAGCGCCUGGUUCUUCAUCGGUCAGCUCGAAAUGGGUGGUAAUGGCGUGGUGCUGGCUAACACAGUUAACAUGGCUCUGCGUAUUGUAUGGAAUACGUGGUUCAUUGGACGAUUCUUUUCGCAGAAUGGUUCUGGAUUCAGCAUAUUAGAGACAUUGCCUUCGCUUACUGCUGCGGCUCCUGCGGCCGUUGUACCGACUCUGAUGCGGACGAAGCCCGGUAUUUAUUUUCUGAGACGGUUUGGAGUGCUGGGUGAGCUGGUGAGCAUGGGAGUUGUAGGUGGGAUUUAUGUGUUGCAUGUGUUAUUUUUUGAGCGUGGCUUUCUGGUGGAUUGCUAUCGCAUGUUGAGGCCUUCUCGAGUGCCCGAUGCAGCUGAGAAGAAAUCGGAGAUUGACGCCAUCGAGACUAUGGUUACGAUGGACGAGUCGCGACACUUGCAUGGGCUGGUGGACAUGGGGAGUAACGGGAUCCGCUUCUCGAUUACGGAUCUGACGCCAGCGACGCAACGGGGACUCCCGACUCUGUAUUUGGACCGUGCGGCGAUAUCGCUGUACGAUGCGCAGUUUGAAGACGGCAAGCCCGUUCCGAUACCCCAGGCGACGAUCCGACAGGUAGUCAAGUCGCUGCUGCGAUUCAAGGCUACGUGUGAGGAUUUCGGGGUACCUGAGAGUCAAGUGCGGAUUGUGGCUACAGAGGCUACAAGGAAGGCGGUUAAUUCGGAAGAGUUCCGCAAGGAGAUUAGGAGGGCGACGGGGUGGGAGGUGGAGCUUUUGUCCAAGGAGAUGGAGGGACGGAUUGGGGCGUUUGGGGUUGCGAGUUCGUACCACAAUGUCACGGGACUCAUGAUGGAUUUGGGAGGUGGGUCGACGCAGAUCAAUUGGAUCGUCACGUCGACGCAGUACGAUCGGAUUGAGAUGUGUGAGAAGGGAAGUGCAAGCCUACCGUAUGGCGCUGCGGCGCUCACGAAGAGACUUGAGGAAGCUGGUCCUCAUGGAAGCAAGGGUUUCAAGGCUUUUGAAAGCGAAGUCGUUGCUGACUUGAAAGGAGCGGUUGAGGAUAUUCGGAUUCCCCAACAUUUGCUUGACCGAUGCGAUUCGGAAGAGGGUCUUUCUCUUUACCUGUCUGGAGGUGGGUUUCGAGGCUGGGGCUUUGUGCUCAUGUCUACGCAUCCCGUCCAGCCAUAUCCCAUUCCAAUCAUCAACGGGUUUCGGACAACGAGUGAUGUUUUUCAUGAUACGCACGCUGUACAGGCUGCUGUCAAGCAAGAAGACACACCAGAAAUCUUCCGUGUGUCAGCACGUCGGGCCAGUCAAGUUCCUGCCGUUGCCUUUUUGGUUUCGUGCUUGUCGAAAGCACUGCCGAGCAUCAAGAACGUCUACUUUUGCCAGGGCGGCGUAAGAGAGGGAAUGCAUUUUGCGGAGAUGGAGCCGGCGAGCAUGUCCGAUGCGCCAAUUGUCAAUGCGACAAGAGCGUAUGCGCCGGCUUCUAGUCCGGAGCUGAUGGACCUGUUGCGAAGAGCGGUAGUGGCUCCGCCAUCGGCGGCGCGCAAGGAGCUGUUUAGCAACAGCAUGAUGAGGGCCUUCACUUACACCAUGUUUGCGCACAGAGGCCAAGUUAAGGAUCUCCGCAGUGGGUCUGCGCUAAGGAGUACCACGACAGGCAUCUUCUCUGCCGGACACGGUCUUAGCCACGAGGAACGCGCCACGCUCGCCAUUCUACUGUGUGAGCGUUACGGGGGGUACAACACAAUCAGCCCCACCGAACAGGACUUUUACCACCGAAUGCUGCAGCUUGUUCCCGAGGACCUGAGGUGGUGGUGCAGGUACCUGGGGAGCGUUGCCGGCGUGCUUGCAAGUGUAUAUCCCGCGGGGACCAUUCGGCAGAGCCGCGUCCAGGUCAAGGUGGAGUGGGCGAGUAGCAAAAAGGACAAGGAGAGGCUUUGCAUUGAUUUUGAGUUUGGGCACGAGCCGGACGAUCUGGACGAGGGACUGCAGGCGGCGUUGAAGAGGGUGGAGAAGGUGGGCAAGAAGAAGAAGUGGAUCGGAGGGCAUGGAUACAAGGUGGUGUUGACUGUAAACGGCCACGGCUAUGGCGAGGAGGACGAGUAG